AUGACGUCAGUGACGUUAGGUCUGGUGUUGCUGCUCUGUGCUGCAAGCGUGUCAGCUGACGACAUCGAGAUGAAGCUGCAGAGUGGGAUGCUGAUUAAAAUGCUAAGGGAAAUGGCGAAUCAGACCAAGCCCGACACAUUGAACUUGCCAGCGAACUCGACCACCAUCCGGGAGAAUAUUACUGACACCUUCAGUUGUGAGAACCGCAUUUAUGGUUACUAUGCUGACGUUGAUAACGACUGCCAGAUUUUCCACGUGUGCCUGCCCUCUCUGACUGUCACCGGGCGUAACAUUACUUACAGGUGGAGUUUCAUAUGUCCCGCGGAGACUGUGUUCAACCAAGAAGUGUUAACUUGCACUAGAUCAGGUGACGCAAUUCCAUGUGAAGAAUCUCCAAUGUUUUAUGACGUUAAUAUGGAAUUCGGGAAAGUUGCUAAUGAGACAAAGGAGAACACAAAACCAGAAAGUUCUGGAAAUACUUCAGCGAAUAAUCCUACCAGAAAUACGGAGACAGUUGCAAUUAAACCACAAAGGUGGAAUCAAGCAAACAGAAAGAGACAAAACAUUGUUGACGUAAUUGAUAACACGAAAUCAACAAAGGAAGAUAUUAAGGAAUAUGAAAACAAAAUUAUGGGAGUAAUGAAGGAAGAUCUAGAUAUUAAUAAUCAAAACAUGAUUCAUGAGAUGAAUCAAGAUUUCAGUGAAAUCAAUCAAGAGAUACACGUUUUGAAAGAAGAGAUAAAGGAUGUUGAAAGAGAAAUAGUAAGUUAUACAGAUAAUAUUAAAGACAGUUAUAAAGGAAAAUCACAGGAAUUAAAUGAAAAUGUCAGAGAAUUUAACCAAAACGAGGGAGAAGACGAUAGGUAUAGCGAAACUAAUAAGGAAUAUAUGAAUAAAAUGAAGCAAAAUGGAAUUGAAAUAAAAAUAAAUCCACAAAUGAAUGAAAAUAAUGAAGGUAUAGAAUUACCUCAGAGUAUCUUGGAGAAAAUAGAGACGAUGAAUGCUGAACCUAUUGCACCUGCUGUUGUCGAGGAAAUGAUUCCUGAUGUCGAAGAAGUUAGCGGCGAAAAUACAUCGGAAACGUUAGACAAUUCUAGAAUUGCAUCUGAAAGGAGUUUAAAAAGAAAAGGUCGAAAAAUCAACAGAGGUUCGCUUAAAUUUAGACCUGAUUUAUUAUAG